AUGAUGAUGGUGACUGGCCGCCUGCUGUUGCUAUGUGCCCUCUGUGUGCUGUGGUGCGGUGCCUGCGCUGGUGGAUGUUCUGAAGCAGCUCCAACCCUUCCGGGUACUGGUGUGACCGACAACGGCAAUAAUCUUGAAGGUAAAAACAACACAACUGAUGGCGUUGGAGCAGUUGGCCCAACCGGUCAACAGGCAGCGUCACAACCAGCAGCAGGAUCGGUGCCCGUACCGGGAACGGAAGAGGAAUCGGAACUAAGAACCGGAGAACAAGCACUCCAAUCCGCAGCAAAGGCGGCAGAAGUGGCAAAUGACACAACGAAAAAAGGUGAAGCUGAUAAGGAUAAUGAAUUGAAGGAGGAAGAUGAUGAUGAUGAAGAUGAAGUGGAAGAGGAAGAGGAGGAGGAAGAGGAAGAGGAGGAUGAUGGCAAUGAAGAGGAGUAUGGAGGAGAGGAGAAAAAAGAAGAAGAAAAAGAUGAUACCAGCACUACAAAGGGGAUCUCAGCAGUCGGUCAGGAAGAGCCAAUUUUAUCUUCUCGUGUGGAGGAAGCAUCGAAUAAAACAAAACCCCAAAGCACUCAAACAACUGGCGACAAAGAUCCAGCAGCUGAUGGUGCAGUGACACAAGAAGAAAAACAAAAUGAAAAUAAAGAAGCCAAUCCGAAGGAAACACCAGUCGAAUCCACAGGCAUGAAAACCACAACGGCAACGACUGGCGACAGUGACAGCAGCACCGCGGUCUCCCACACCACCUCCCCUCUUUUGCUUCUUCUUCUUUUUGUUGCGUGUGCGGCUGCUGCUGCGGUGGUGGCCGCGUGA